GGGCGGCUCCCACCUGCUGGUUGGGACUUGCUCAGCCCUGAGCAGAGAGGCAGUUGGGCUGGGCAGGGUGCCCAGCACAGGUGCUGGAGGGGCUGGCAGGCGGGGCUUUUCAGCCCCAAGAGGUGGAGCCAAGGAGACUUCCCCUAGAACCAGACUCACUCCAGCUCCAGGCCCAGGCUUGGGCCAAGUUCAGCUAUUUAACCUGCUGCACCCCACAUCACUCUGGAAUUCUGCUCUGCGGGGAGCUGGUGCCCCACCUGCGGACCUGCUCCUCACCUGGGCAGGUGCCUCCUCCUGGCUUCGGCACAGCCCCUCCAGGGCUAUGUCCUCUACCCUGGCCCCAGCCAUGGCCGUGCAGGUGCCCCUGUGGCACCACUACCUGCAGGCCAUCCGCUCGCGGGAGGCCUCCCGAGCGCAGGACUACCAGCGUGCAGAGAACGUGCUGCUCACCGUGCUGGAGCGCGUGCAUGCCCAGGACCCCCGCUUCCUUGUGGAUUACUCCCGAGACCUGGAGGCCUUGCAGUUUGCCCUGCGCUCCUCGGACAGCCCAGUGGACAUGGAGGUGCCUCUGAGGGUGGACGCGGAAGCCCUCCUGAGUGAGGAGCCAGGGGCCAGCGAGAUGGGUGAUGGCCCCGUGACCUGCCGCCUGGGUGUCCCUAGAGAAGGGGCCGGCUUGGAGCAGUGGGUGACUGACGACGUCUUCACCGCCUCCUUGAACAGCAGCGCCAAGUGCUGCGGCCACAUUGUGCCCAGCAAGGUCCUGCACGUCCUCAAGGACCUUCUGGUGGCUGCCAUCGUGCACUGCAAGCACCAUGGCCUCAUCACGCCAGGUUCUCUGAAGGCGGACAGCCUGAGGGAGGAGGCGCUUCACCUGUCGCUGCUGGUGUCCAGUGGCUGGAGGACAAUCCGCUUCAAUGUGGUGCCCGUGGUGCGGUGGAAGCACAGGGUGCCUGUCCUGGAGGGGGCCCAGCGGGCGCCCGGGUUCCCUGAAGGCAGCUUGAAAAGGAUCAUCAGCCAAGAGGUGGCCCUAGUGCCCGCCAGCGCCCAGCUCUGGAGGGUCUCCAUGGACUACCUGCUCACCAGGCUGCUUAGUGCCCUGGGCUCCCUGCCGGGCCACCGCCUGGACAGCCUCUCCGUCCUGGACCGGGUCAACCAUGAGAGCUGGUGCGACAGCGGCCAGAGCCCCGGCCUCACCUUUGAUCACCUGAAGGCUGUGCUGCUCUGGGCCUCGGUGCUCUUCCCGGCGCCCGAGGACUGGGCGGAGCUGCAGGGCGCUGUGUACCGCCUGCUCGUGGUGCUGCUGUGCUGCUUGGCCACCAGGAACCUGCCCCACUUCCUCCACCCCGAGCACAACCUGCUGCAGGACACCAGCCUGGACCUCAAUGCCCUCUACCAGCGCGUGGAGCACUUCGCCAGCCAGCCUGAGGCGUCCCUGCGCAUCCACGUCACCCACCUGGGCCGCAGCCCCCCGCCGCGCAUCGGCCACGGGGUCAAGGCGCUCCUGCAGCUGCCCGCCAGCGACCCCACCUACUGGGCCACCGCCUACUUUGAUGUCCUGCUGGACAAGUUCCAGGUCUUCCACAUCCAGGAUAAGGACCGGAUCUCGGCCAUGCAGAGCAUAUUCCGGAAGACCAAGACCCUGGGCGGUGAGGACAGCUGAGUGGGUGCCUGGGCUCUGCCGCUGCUGCACUGCCCCAUGGAGGCUCCUGGGACACGGGCAGAGGCCUUCACCUUGAGGCGGGUGGUGGGUCUUGGAGGGACUUUGUCCGGGGGGGGUGGCCUCAUAGGAGUCUAAGAGUGCAGGACAGUGGGCCCCUGGGAGCAGCUGCCUUGUCUCCAGGGGCGAGGGGCGUGUGCUUCUUGUGUCCAUCCACCUGCGUGGUGCCAUCAAGACUCAGAAAACUCAGUGUCUGGACCUGAGGACUCAUCCCGUCUGUGUCAAAUGCCACUCCAUGAGGUGAAAUACUACGUGUCUGAUCUGGAAUAAAUUAAUGCACUCCCAGGGAAUAGCAAGAGUUCUUGUACCUGCCCACCUACCACAAGCACAAGGAUGGGGCCUGCAGCCUCACUGGAUUCUGGAGAUGCGGUUACCUCCUUGGGGAGGUCCAUUUGUUGGCUGGCUCGGAGAUGGUGAGUUCUGAGUGGGUCAAAGCACAGAUUGGCUGUCCAGCAGGUUCAUGGGCUGGGGUCCCUGGAAAACCCUAGCAUGGAAGCUGAGGUUCUGCAGCAGAGAACGAUAGUUCACUGUUCAAAGCACAGUGUCUGGUACAUGGGGCCCCACGGAGGAUGGGCCCGACCACAGAACCCAGGCCACUGCGUGCCCCCACGAGCUCCGUGUUAUAGGUCCUUGCAAUGAAGCAGGAAAACGUAAGUAAAAGGCAUAGAUAUUGGAAAAGAAGUAUAAAACUGUCAUUAUUCAUAGGCAACAUGAUUAUGUACAUAGAAAACCUUAAGGAAUUCACAAAGAAACUACCAGACUUGUUAAUUUAACAAGUCAAGAGAUACAAGGUGAAUAGAGGAAAAUGAACUGUAUUUCUAUAUAUUACAAGUAAACCACUGGAAAUAAAAAUUUAAAAAUA